AUGUUGGUGUUCGAGGGACAGAAGGUAGGCGAGGGGUCGCGAACGACGAGGGGGAAGCCGCCACGGCCGUGUGACGGAGGACAUGGAGGGUGUGAGGCGGGUGAGAGUGGUAGAAUAGGGUGGCCAGAGAGGGUGGUGGUGGUGGUGGCGGUGGUGGUGAUGGUGGUGGUGGUGAAGGUGGUUGCGAAGGAAAGGGCGCACAGAACGACGAAGACCGCGAGACAUGGCCGAGGCUGCGAGAAAGGAGGAUGGAGCAUUAGAAGGGAGAGGAAGCCGGAAUACCUGCGCUCGCCGACGUGGAUGUUGGACUUUCAGAAGGGCAACAGUUUCGAGUGCGCGACGCUUCUGACGAGCUUAUUGCUGGGGCAGGGCUACAACGCGUUCGUGGUAAGCGGAUAUGCGUCACGCGAACAAGUACUCUGCGACGUGUCCAGAAGAACCUGCCCAUAUCUACCGAAAGUGGAGCAGACCCAGCCGCCGGCCGACAAACCUAAGAUCGUCAAGUAUCAGUUAAAGGCACCGCCUGAUUUCAGAAGUCAAUUCCUCUUGGAGCUGGAGGAACGCGAAAGGGCGAAAACGGAGGCGGAAUUACAACGGCAAGAAGUAGAACGACAGAGGAUGAUCGCGGAAUUCGAGCGUCCACCGCCAGAUGAAUAUUUCGGUCAGCGAAUACACGCGUGGGUGGUCAUCCUGCCGGAAGACAAAGGCGCGAGAAAUCGGGAGAUCACCGAACCGAUUUUUCUCGAGCCCUCCUCCGGGUCAUCCUACAAUCCGGCCGAUGAGGAAACUAAUUCAUUGUAUCUCGGAGUCGAGAGUAUUUGGAACGACCAGAAUUAUUGGGUUAACAUGCAGCCCCGCGAGAAGAGAUGCGCGGAGAUCGAUUGGGACUUGAGCAAAGUCGAAUUCUGGGAGCAUUUGUUGCCCGGUGAACCGCGAAUCGAGCGAAAGGACACGGACGAAAUCGAGGAAGACGUAGGCGUGAAACAGGAAAAGCAUUUGGACAUGCCGGCUUCGUACGUGAGUGAAAUCCGAAUCCAGAGUUUAGAUUAUGAACGACGAUAUCCACGGGGCAGUAAAACGAUAUUUUACAAAAAAGCCAAGGUAGAAUUGUACGCGCCGUACACUCGAACAGAUAAUCUGAUUCAGCGAGUAACCGUUUACAAGGAUUACGAAUAUACCACGCCUCUCCAAAGUUACGACAAGUAUACAAACAGAAGUGAUUAUCUUACGGAAUCCAGGAAGGAUCUCGUUACGGACAUUGUCACAGACUUCUUUGAGAAAGGACGACCGGAUCAUUGUAAAGCGCAUUGUUAUCUUACAUCCGAUAGCGAUUCGAUAAACAACGAGAGAACAAUAGAUUUUUAUGACAGCGCUCAGUUUGAUGGACUCUCGCGCAUCGAGGCGGGCCCACUUUAUUUGACACAAUAUUACGUAGAUCGUGAAGAUUUUUUGUACUACAGACGCGCUGAAUUUUUGGCUGACCAAGACAAUACGACAGCGGACGAUAUUCAUUCUAGACCCAUUUCGAAAAUUAUUGAGAAAUACCAUAGAAACAAGGAAAUCCCAGCUUGUAAGGAUAUUGCUGUUCGCGAGUUUGCGAUGAUCGAAAACGAAAUCUCUAUUAAAUUUCAUUACGAACAAGGUCGGAGUACUCAGGCUACACGUAUAUUCAUAAAACCACCAAUAGGGGAUAGGGGUGAUCGCUUAGUUUUCAAUCCUACGAUGACCUAUGGAUAUAACCCGGAUCCGUCUGCACCACCGGAGAAAAACCUCGAUCUCUUUUAUGCGCUUGAUAAACAUCUGAAAGAUGAAGACCGCUCUACGCUCCACAUCAGAGACGUUGAAACGGACAUCGCGGCGUUCCUGCGAAAAAGAGCCGAUGAAAAUUUAAAUCCGCAACUCACAGUUUCAUUAUUUGAUGAAAAUCGAAUAGCCAAGACAACAGAAGACUUAGAUACGAAAGCAAAGAUGCGAUCGAAUCGACGCGAAAUUAUGCAAGAGAUGAACGAUUUGGGACCGUACCUUGCACGAAUAGGCAAUCCGGAGCAUAUCAGUAAAAUGGAAGCAUAUCUGCUGCGCGAUGACUGUUUGAGCGACUUUAAACAGGUGUCCAUUGACAAAGCGAAUCGUAUUUUACGUAUGAUUGAGAAACAGACCGCGGAACUAGAGAAGAUGCAAGUCCUUAUAACGCAGUCUGUCGAUUUAUCGAAAGCGGAAGAGGAAGAGAUGUUGGCCAAGAUAAACGAGAUAAGCUUCAAUGUACACGUGCUGGAAACGUAUCUAAGUCGGUACAGAGACGUAGUGCCGCAGAGAUACAGGAUACUGGUAGAUCGUUUACAACAAAAUCCAUAUCUUCAAGUACUUCAGAAAUAGUGAUCAUAUUAAAAAAUGUAUUUAUAUAUAUAAGUGUAUCAAUUUGCGCGUGAGAAGAGUUUAUAUAUUACAAAAAUCGUACUCUUUUUUAUAUCAUUAAGGAGUAUAUUGGCAUCACAAAAUGUACAAUCACAAUGUAUUUAUCGAAAGGACCACGAACCCAUUUGACCGAUACAUCGACCUAAAAUAAUUUUUUAAAAAUAAAUAAAUGGGCAUAUGUGAUGAUCU